UGUUACAAUGCAAGCAUGUCAGUGAGUGUCCUGUGGGUGGCGGUAGUGUAACAAACAGGGAUGGAAACCACAACUUGACAAGACGAAGAAGAAGAGCGGCCUGUGUGUGUCCGGUUAGCGAAGAUGGCUCAAGGUUCACAGAAGUUUAAAGCUCAGCGGCCAGGAGCCAACAAGAAACACCAACAAAACAAACAGAAAGGGCCCAAGAAAGGAGGGAGGACCAUAGCACCUAAAAAGGCUCAAGUGGUUCAACAACAGAAGCUGAAGAAGGGCUUAGAGGUUGCCAUCAGGAACAAGAUUGAGCAGGAGGUGACCCAGAAGGCAAGCUUGUCCCUCCACAAGCCACUGAGUGUGGUUAAAGGGCCUGAAGGAAAAGGUAAAGGCAAGCCUGGAGAACCCCGUCCAGGAACCAGCUCCAAAUAGGACCUGAUAGACAACUGAACAGCUACACACCCGAGGAUGAAUGUUUUAACAUUAAAGACUUAGUCAUGGGAUCACUGAGCCCAUGGCUCAGAUGUAAGAUACAUGCCAGCUGUCCUGAUGUGUUUGAUGAUUUUCAUGUAGAAAUAGGUCUUCUUGUACAGAUACCAAUUAUUACGUUUUUUACUUUACAAAGAAGUGUAUAAAAUAACAGAAGAGACAUUCUGGAUAUGUUGUUCUUUACUAGACCAAGCAGAUAACAUAAACCUCCACUAGGGGGCACCACAGGACUUUACUGACUCAUGAAAUAUGUUUGCUUUCUGUUUAAAACGUGAAGAAACUUAAGAAACCAUCUUCUUAUAGGACCUUUGGGUUUUACCCCCCUAAAAAUUUUGUGAGUAAACAUGAGCGGAAAAGAUGCUUGACAUAAUGUUUGAUGUUUGAUAUAUUCGAUACGUGCCAGAGACAUCUUUACUCUUACCUGGUCAGCACAUAGUGGGUAUUUUGUGUUGCUUGCUUCACAAAACUGGGUGUGUCAGUUCACUGUGUCAAUUCCAACCCAGCUGCGAGAAUGCUUACUUAUAAGAAGAAUGAGUAAUAUAAGUAAUCAUUGAUUACUGUGAAAAUUUGGUCAUAGCAGCAGAAAAGGUAAAAGGAAAAGCAUUUAACUGAAAUAUAAAGCUUGUACUCAAGGUCAAGAAUCCUUUGAGAUAUGUGCAUCUCACUUUUCAAAUAGACUCCAGCCAUCACAGAUAAUUGUAAUAUUAUUCAUGGUACUGAAUCCAUUGGUUGUGUCCAUUUUCUUUUUUGGGGGGGAUUCUCCAGACUGGAAUGAGAUUUCUCUUAUGAAGUCUGUCAAAAAUUUGAAUAAAAUCCUUUUGUAAAUGC